GCGCUCAGGAUCCGCUGCCCGAGACAGCCUGGGAGAAAGACGCUCCGGGAGCCUCGACGCACAAACUCACCGUCCGAAAAUGACCGUAGAAAGAAUAUUCGACGAGCUCGGACAUUUCAAUAGAUAUCAGGCAUGUCUUUACUUUGCAGCAGUCUUCCAGGCCAUAGCAUGUGGGAUCCACUACCUGGCCUCUGUCUUCUUAGUGCAGACACCAAACUUUGUGUGCAGCGUGCCCGGCAACAUCACCGAUGUCCUAUAUGGUAACCUGACGGGAUUUAGUUUGGAAGACAUCCUGCCAAUCUUCAAGUCAGACACUGGGCCCUUGGUGGUGAGGACGGCUGAAGGAGAACAGUGGGAGCUCAGCCGGUGCCGCUGCGCCCUGCGCAUUAACCCCAAAAACUUUACAUAUGACUUUGAUGGAAACAAAACAGUGAAAGCCUGCGAUGGGAACUUUGUUUACGACCUCACUGAAAUUCACCAAAGCAUAGUGACGGACUGGGACUUGGUGUGUGAGAACGAGUGGCUGGCCAAGAUGUGCCAGCCCACCUUCAUGCUGGGAGUACUGGUCGGAGCGCUGGUGUUUGGAGACAUUGCUGACAGAGUUGGUCGUGUGAGGAUCCUGAUGUUCACCAGCCUCUGUCAGUUUGGGUUUGGGGUGUCUGUAGCGUUUUCUGGACACUAUUAUUUCUUUCUAGUGCUCCGCUUCCUCCUUGCCAUGGUGUCUAGUGGCUACCUCGUGGUGGUGUUUGUCUACGUCACAGAGUUCACUGGCAUCAAGGUGCGCACAUGGACCUCUAUGCACGUGCAUGCUGCCUUUGCUGUCGGCAUCAUGGUGGUGGCUCUGACCGGUUACCUGGUGCGGGUCUGGUGGAUCUACCAGAUCAUCCUCUCCACAUGCACCUCGCCCUUCCUGCUCCUUUGCUGGAAGUUCCCUGAAACACCUUUUUACUUGAUGGCCAAGGGCCGCUACAAGGAAACUCAGACCCUGCUGGACGCAAUAGCCCGCUUCAACGGCCUUGAAUGCCGGCUGAAGGUGCAGGAGCUUCUGGAACCAGAGGAGAGGGAGAACGGCAAAGCUCUGCUGGAGGAGGCAGAGCAGCAGCCAUUGCAGUCUGAGAAGAAGCUGUCCAUCCUGGAUCUGUUUGGCAGCUGGAGAAUGGCGAGACGUACAUGCACAGUGUGGGCCAUCUGGUUCAUCGGCAGCCUGGGCUACUACGUUUUCUCUUUGGGCUCAGUCAACCUAGGAGGAAACCAGUAUGUUAACCUCUUCCUGGCUGGUGCAGUGGAGCUCCCCUCUUAUUUGGUUGGCUGCUUUGCAAUGGACCGGAUUGGCAGGAAGAAGACUUGUGCCCCAGCUCUGCUCCUGGCCGGGGUCGCUUGUUUGCUCAUCAUUGUGGUACCUGCUGACAUUGAGGCACUGGCUAUCGCUCUCUGUAUGACAGGGAAGUUUGCCAUCGCCAUUGCGUUUGGUCUCAUCUACCUGUACACCUGUGAGCUUUACCCAACCAUCAUCAGGUCUCUGGCAGUGGGUAGUGGUAGUACGAUGUGCCGUGUUGGCAGUGUGGUGGCCCCCUUCUGCGUGUACCUGGCUGAUGUCUGGACCUACCUACCUCAGCUCAUCGUGGGAAUCCUGGCAUUCAUUAUCGGAGUGCUGACAUUAUUGUUGCCUGAGACCCUGGGCAGACCUCUAACAACUACUUUGGAAGAGGCUGAAGCUCUGGGACGCGAGCCCAGCAAGAAGAACUCAGCCCUGGGCAAUAAAGAUGCUGAGGACAGGAUGUAGGUGAACCAACAUGAAGCCAAGGCCUGAAUUGUACGCUACUGGAAAACCAGAGAGACAGAGAAGCUUUGGAAAAAAAGAAAUGAAGGAAAGAGAAAGGAGGGGACAACUGCCAAAAACUAAAAUAGUAACAGCUGAUUUUGUGGCUUGUUGAAAAUAAAAUGGAAAAAAAACAUUGUGUUUUAUCAGAACGUGUUUAAAUGAUGUGUUUGUUGACAUUUCUUCUGCAAGUGGCAAAUAUUUCAGUUAUUUAAGGGUCCUGAGACAUUACACAAACUGCAUAUUAUUAUCUAAACUGCUUCAGUAGGUGAAAGUUGUACCAUAAAAUGUGAUGGAUGUUUACAGUGGACAGUUUGAGUGAUAAUUGAACUGUUUUCUUUUGUUUUCUUUUUCAAAUUAGUACAGCUAUCCUGUUUGUUCUUUAAACGUGUAUGAUCUCAGCAAUGAACUUUGUGAAUACAACAUUGUUGGUAGGACAGAUUGCUAAAACUGCAAAAAUAAGACCUAAAUUGUAUUAAACUGGAAUUCUUUUUUUAAAGGAAGUGAGCAUGAGUAUGCACUGUGAUUUAGUUACUUCUCUACAGUAAUCAUAAGUAUAGAACAUGGCUUAGCCUCUAUUUCUGGAACAUAUAAUAUUGAAGCAUGCAGAGUCUAUGUUUUUCUAAGUGCCUUAGUUUUCAUUUUAAAGUCACCUUUUUAUUAUCUUUAACUCUAUUUUUAUUUUUUAAAUCUCAGGGCAUCUAGUUUUAGAUAUCACUGUGAAAUAAUAUAGAGUAAUACUACAUUACAAUCAUGGUCAAGAGUCAAGAUGUGAUCUCCAAAUGUUUGGACCAAAGACAGGAAUGAACCAUUACAGUGUGGAGAUGUAUUCACCUGCUUUGCAAUGUUGUAGUACACUACUAAUAUGUUUUGGUUUCAUGACAAUCAACUGAUAUUCUAACAGUGACGACAAACAGUAGGUGUUGAAAGUGCUCAGGUUCAGUAUUCAAUUCUGAACAGCUCUAGAAUCAAGAGUAUGAUUUUUUUGCAUGAAUAGUUUGUUUUAUUUCUUUAUGGACAAGUAAAUAAAAUGGCCAACACUGAGGUUGUUGGCCUCUUCUUUACUACA